AUUUCAGCAUUGAAGUACUAUCAUUUCCGACCUUUCGCAACUCGCAUCCUUCAUCUAGGGUUUUGCCCAUUUUGUCGAGACUCGUUCUUCACCAUCAUCAUCAUCUCUAAUCACAAAAUCAAUCGAACAAAAAAAAAAGAAAAAAAAUUCCUUCCAUUAUAACUACUGUAAACUUGUUUAGGGUUUUUAAUUCAAUUCAAUCAAUCAAAGGAUAUUAUCCAUCGCACACUUUUACAGAUCCGUCUUAUAAUCUGACCAAAACUGUAGAUCCUAAUUUGAUUUCUGAGAUUAUGAUCUAAAUCUAUGACGCAAACCUAACCGGAGAAGAAAAAAAAAUCCUAGGGUUUCGAUUUUGAGCUAAAAAAAAGAAAAAAAAUGUAUAAAUCGGUGGUGUAUAAAGGAGACGAAAUAUUGGGAGAAGUAGAAAUAUAUGAAGAAGAACGAGAAUCUUCAGAGGAAGAAGAAGAAUUGACGGUGAAGAAGAAGAGAGUAAUUGACGAGAUAAUAGUAAAAGGAUUGAGAAUAAGUCAGUUCUCGCCAGCGAGUGAGAGGUGUCCGCCAUUGGCAGUGCUUCAUACGAUUAGUACAACUGGAAUUUGCUUCAAAAUGGAGUCCAAGAACUCUGUCUCUCUUGACACGCCGCUUCAUCUUUUGCACUCCUCCUGUAUCCAGGAAAACAAGAGUGCAGUAAUGCUGCUACAAGGAGGUGAGGAGCUUCAUUUGGUGGCAAUGUUUUCUAAAAAGGAAGAAAAGCAGUAUCCGUGUUUCUGGUGUUUUAAUGUGUCAGCAGGGCUAUACAAUUCUUGCCUUGUUAUGUUGAACCUUAGAUGUCUAGGCAUUGUAUUUGAUCUUGAUGAAACACUCAUUGUAGCUAACACAAUGCGCUCAUUUGAAGAUAGAAUAGAGGCUUUGCAACGGAAAAUAAGCACUGAGGUGGACCCACAGCGUAUUUCUGGCAUGCUGUCAGAGGUCAAGCGUUAUCAAGAUGACAAGAUUAUUUUGAAGCAAUAUGUUGAAAAUGAUCAGGUUGUUGAAAAUGGAAGGGUGAUCAAAACUCAGGCUGAGGUUGUUCUGGCCUUGUCUGACAAUCAUCAAACUAUAGUGCGCCCUUUAAUACGGUUACAAGAGAGGAAUAUUAUUUUGACACGCAUCAAUCCGCAGAUUCGUGAUACAAGUGUUCUUGUGAGGUUGAGACCUGCAUGGGAAGAACUAAGAAGCUACUUGACUGCUAGAGGGCGUAAGCGUUUUGAGGUCUAUGUUUGUACAAUGGCAGAAAGAGAUUAUGCUUUAGAAAUGUGGAGGCUUCUUGAUCCUGAGUCAAAUUUGAUAAGCUCAAAAGAAUUGUUAGACCGGAUUGUCUGCGUUAAGUCUGGUUUAAGGAAGUCAUUAUUCAAUGUUUUCCAAGAUGGCAUUUGCCAUCCUAAAAUGGCAUUGGUGAUUGAUGAUCGCUUAAAAGUUUGGGAUGAGAAAGAUCAACCUCGGGUUCACGUUGUUCCUGCAUUUGCUCCAUACUAUGCUCCACAAGCUGAAGCAAGUAACGCUGUUCCUGUUUUGUGCGUUGCCAGAAAUGUUGCCUGCAAUGUCAGAGGUGGUUUCUUCAAAGAAUUCGACGAGGGGCUUCUGCAAAAGAUACCUGAGAUAUCGUUUGAAGAUGAUAUGAAGGAUAUUCCUUCUCCUCCUGAUGUCAGCAACUAUUUAGCUUCAGAGGAUGAUGUUUCUGCUGUGAAUGGAAACAAAGAUCCCCUUUCUUUUGAUGGCAUGGCAGACGCUGAGGUUGAAAAACGACUAAAGGAAGCAAUAUCAGUUACAACGUAUCCUUCAACAGCUACAAAUAUAGAUCCAAGACUUGUACCUCCUCUCCAGUAUGCUAUGCCAUCUUCUUCAGGUUCAGUUCCAGUGCCAACAUCACAAUUAGCAACUGCGACAUAUGCAAGCAUGCAAUUUCCCAAAGCAGCUUCAUCAGUUAAACCAAUGGGUCAAGUUGGUCCUCCAGAACCUAGUUUUCAAAGCUCUCCUGCUAGAGAAGAGGGUGAAGUGCCCGAAUCAGAGUUAGAUCCUGAUACAAGAAGGCGGCUUCUUAUAUUGCAGCAUGGUCAGGAUGUAAGAGAUCCUCCAGCAAGUGAAUCAGCAUUUCCUGUAAGAGCUCCUAUACAAAUUUCAGCUCCACGUGUGCAACCCCGUGGAAGCUGGGCUCCGGCGGAGGAAGAAAUGAGUCCUAGGCAACUGGGGCGGGCAAUACAUAGAGAAUUUCCCAUGGAUCCAGAACCAAUGAACAUUGAAAAGCACCGACCUCACCAUCCGUCAUUUUUUCCUAAAGUUGAGAGUUCUGUUCCAUCUGAGAGAAUGCUUCAUGAGAAACAAAGACUGCCGAAAGUGGCACCCUUCAAAGAUGACCGGUUGAGGUUAAACCAGGCAAUGUCCAAUUAUCAGUCAUUCUCAGGAGAGGAAAAUCCAUUGAGUCGGUCAUCUUCCAGCAACAAGGAUCUCGAAUUUGAAUCUGAUCAAGCUGUUUCAAGUGCGGAAACUCCGGUUGGAGUGUUACAGGAAAUUGCAAUGAAGAGUGGAGCCAAGGUGGAUUUCAGGCAUUCAUUGGUUAAUAGCAGAGAUCUACAAUUCUCCGUUGAGGCUUGGUUUGCUGGAGAAAAAGUUGGUGAAGGAUUUGGUAGGACAAGAAGGGAAUCCCAAAGUCUUGCGGCUGAGAGUUCUCUCAAGAACUUGGCUAAUUUAUAUAUGUCAAGGGCUAAGCCUGAGAAUGGGGCUGUACAUGGUGAUGCAAGUAGAUAUUCUAGUGCAAAUGAAAAUGGUUAUUUAAGUAAUGUCAAUUCUUUUGGGAGUCAACCAUUGCCCAAAGAUGAGUCUCUCUCGUAUUCAGCUCCCUCAGAGCCAUCCAGGCUUCUCGAUCCAAGACUGGAGGCCUCUAGGAAAUCAAUGAAUUCAAUAAAUGCACUCAAGGAAUUUUGCUUGAUGGAGGGCCUUGGGGUUAAUUUUCUUGCACAGACACCGGUUUUGUCUAAUUCACUCCAGAAUGAAGAAAUACAUGCACAGGUUGAAAUAGAUGGACAGGUUAUGGGGAAGGGGAUUGGCUUAACAUUUGAUGAGGCUAAGAUGCAGGCUGCUGAGAAGGCCCUUGGAAGCUUGAGAAUGACUUUUGGUCAAUUUACACCUAAACGGCAGGGCUCCCCACGGCCAAUGCAGGGGAUGCCAAACAAACGUCUAAAGCCAGAGUUUCCUCGAGCUCUGCAGCGGAUGCCCUCUUCAGCUAGGUACCCGAAAAAUGCUCCCCCGGUGCCUUGACAAACUGUUUCUGUUCCACUUUGAUGUAGAGGAAUGCAGUCUGUUUUGAUCCUGAACCCUCUGCUUGGCCGUUAAGACCUUUAAAUCUAGUGAAAUGAAGCCAAUCGGAACUCCAACAUUACCGGUCUCGCAGAUUUUUCCCAGCGAACUGCUACUCUUCUGAUACAAGCAAUGUGUCAGAUCAGAAUCGAUCGAAGCUUCAUAUCGCCAAGAAAACUUGGAAGUAAAAACAAAUUUGUGUUUGUAUAUCCCAAUCUUUUUCAUCUGGUCAUUGCUACGAGUGCUUUGGGAACCAGAUUACCCUACUCGGUUCAAAUUAUCUAUGGUGUUUUUAACCGGAGGCGGAUAUGGUGUUCGAUAAAGAGUGGCUUUUCGGGUCUCAGAGCGUAAACUAACCACCGAGUUGUAAUGGUUACGUACUGUAUGCUAAUCAACAAGUUCUUUCUUGUGUCCGUUGACAGAUUGAAGCUGCAUACUGACUAGAAAAGAAAUGUAGCACAGCUUCUCAAUUAAAUAUGUAUGGGUGUUAAAUUUCAGGUCUGUAUUUGCAUAUUGUUCAUCUUAUAAUGAAGUGGCAAAAGAAAGUUUUUUUA